AUGCGCGUGGUUACCAUGUGUAUUGCAAUCCUCGGGAUAUCUACAGCGAGAACUACCGUAUUCCAGACUCCAGAGUCAAGGAAUCCAGAACACAUUGGUGCCAAAAUGCCAAUGCUGGUUCAGACCACCCCUCCUCUUUCCUUCGCUCCUCUCCUCUCCAGUCUUCUCUUCUCCAUCACCUUCAACUCCUCACCCCAAAACCUAACCCCACCACCACCACCACACUCUCCCCAUCUCACCUCACCUCCCACUCCCACUCCCACUCCCAAACACAAUAGCACCUACACCUAUAUCACCUCUACCUAUACCAAACACCCCAGCCCACACUCCCGCCCCACCAAGCCUCAACCCCUGCAACCCCCUGUACAUACCGUGUGUAAUGUGCAGUUAGCUGUGAGCCGCGAGUCCAAAUGCAAGGGGCAUUUCCCACCAGCACACUUUCCCAAAGCAAGAGGGAGGCAAGAGGCCGAGUAUUUCUCUAUCGAGAAGGAGGAGGAGAAGAAGAAGAAGAAGAAGAAGAAGAAGAAGAAGAAGAAGAAGAAGAAGAAGAAGAAGAAGAAGAAGAAGAAGAAGAAAGAAGAAAAGUGA